UGGAUACAUCUUAUGACUUGUAGUUAGCACAAAAUCUACUGGGACUACUAUCAUUUGUUAUUUACCUAAUACAGCAUACUGUGUAUACCAAAUAUCCUCAACUCCAUCUGAAAUGGAGACCCUGCGAUGUGACUGCUCUGUUUUAUUUCAGUUUUAUUUGAUGAUGUCUGAUGUUCCUAUUGAGUGUUCAGUUGAUACCUGACAAAUGUGUACCAGUGUUCUAAUGGAUGUCAAAUAUGACCCUUUGUGGAAUCUUCUGACCCCUCAUAGACUAAGUGACCAAUAUUUAACUUUUCUAACAAGGUUGUCAUUCCAAGGAAAAUAACAUGAAGCAAUCAGAAUGUCCACUGUUGUUAAGUCAGGUUGGUUGUGGGGGGGUUGCUAUUGAGCCUUACUGAAUUGUACCAUACAUUUAAACAUAUCUCAGAAUGUUUUCUGGUGUGAGUAAGAGAGUAUACAGCAUCUCCAUAGUGUUUGUGUGAGUGUCUGGAUAUCUCUGCACUAGUGUGUGUGUGUGUGUUGGCUGCAGUUAUGUGCAUAAUCAAAUAUCUGUGCAUCAGUGAAAAAACAUCCUGGUUCUGCUGGGUCUCUGUGUGGUUGACCAUACAAGCGCUCCCUUUCACUGGAUCUGGGAGAUGUGAUAAACCCUGAGCAGGUGUCAUGGAUGCUAAAGAAUAGAUUUAUAACAGGUCGUGUUUGUGCACUGCCCCCAGUGAUGUGACCAAAGAGUUUAGUUCACGUCGCUGUUCGCAGACUGAAAGUUUUCAGCGACUUCUCGCGAGCUUGUGUUGAGAUGGUCUCUACCUCCCGGAGACGGAGGUUAUUGAUGGGAUUUCUCUCUCCCCUGCAUCACCUGAGGACAGUCGGACAGUGAGCCGGAGGAGCGUCUGCAGGCUGGAUGGACAACAUGUCUCCACAGCAGCAGGAGGACAGCCUCGGCCGAGGCGGUGGACAGCAGGAAAACAAACGGCGGAUGAAAUCUCAGAGUUACCGGCGUCAGUCUGCCCCGUCUCUGGUCAUCACCAAGGCUCUCACCAGGUCCAAGACUCUCUCCAGAGAGAGCUUCCUGGUUCCUGUGUGUCCGGAGACCUGUCCAUUGGUCCAGUCCUUCCUCACAGGCUCUGACAGGUCGUUUCUUCUCCACGGACAUGCUCAGUUGAAGACAGGGAUGCAGACUCAGGACAGACACCUCUUCCUGUUCAAUGACAUCCUGGUUAUUGCCAAAGCCAAGUCAGCCAACCACUUUAAGCAGAAAGCCCGGAUAUGCGUUUGUGAGAUGUGGACGGCGGGCAUGGAUGAGGUGUGUGAGGGAAGCACGAACCCAGAGAGGAGCUUCGUCAUGGGCUGGCCCUGCAACUGUGUCGCUACAUUUAGCUCAGCAGAACAGAAGGAGAAAUGGCUCUCCCUCCUCAAAAGUCGGAUAAAAGAAGAGAAGGAGAGGGAGGAACCUAAAACCAUCCCUCUGAGAGUGUAUGGGAAGGGAAUCAAUACUUUUGCUGUUACCAAGACGCUCCCUGUCAGCAACCAAGAUUCCACCAAUGAGGUGAUCCGACUGGCUCUGCAGCAGUUUAGCAUCAUAGGAAAUGUGAAAGACUACCAGCUGUGGGUCAUCUCCAAGAGGGACAACGCCCCCUAUCCUCUAAUAGGUCAUGAGUUUCCCUUCAGUAUUCAGAUGAGCCAUGUGAGACACACAGCGUCUCAGGGAAGCGGCGCUGGAGGCAGGGACGCUGCUGCUGCUGCACCACCUGCAGACAGACAGAAGGCCAUGCAGGUGGAGCAGCUGCAGGUGUACAAGCAGUGCCAGUUCAUCAUGAAGCCCCGACCCGCUGAGCCGCUGCAGCAGCACGAAUCUGCAGAUUUGUCUCAGAAGCCGUUUAAAAGGAGGCGUUCCCUCAUCACCUGGGCCUUCUGGCGAGGCUCCUCCUCUCACCUGAAUGAGCUGUCCUUCGCCGGUGCGGCCCGCGGCUGCCUGUUCAGCCAGCCGCUCAGCUCCGUCUGCGUAGAGGACGCUCUGCCAAAGCCGGUCAUGGACAUGUUGGCGUUUCUGUACCACGAAGGGUCAUGGACACGGGGGAUCUUCCGCCGGCCGGCGGGAGCUCGAGCCGUCAGGGAGCUGCGGGACUCUCUGGAUGCCGGGGAGUUUCAACUUCCUCUAACGCGCGACCACGUCUUUGUCAUAGCCGGAGUCUUUAAGGAUUUCCUGCGCAGCAUCCCUGGCAGCCUGCUGUGUUGUGAACUGCAUGAAGAAUGGAUGGAUGUUCUUGAGGAAGAGGAGGAGGAGGACGAGCAGGUGCAGGACAUACAGAGGAUGAUCUGUCGCCUGCCCAAAGGAAACGCCCUGCUGCUACGCUACCUGCUGGCCAUGCUGCACGGUAUCCAGGGAAACGAACACGAGAACCAAAUGACCAGUUUCAACUUAUCAGUGUGCAUUGCUCCCAGCAUGCUUUGGCCGCCCGGAGCGCCUCGUAGCCCUGAGGUGGAGGGAGAAGGAACUAAGAAGGUUUGUGAGCUGGUGAAGUUUAUGAUCGAACACUGUCAGCAGAUUCUAGGGGAGGAUCCAUCCUCUCUGUUUGGAGGGCCGCCAACAAGACUCAACACUGACGAGACGGGAUCAGACUCGUGGAUGUACCCUCUGACCGACUCUUCCUACGACAGUCUGGAGAACGAGUUGGACAACAGCAGUGGUGGAUCACCAAGCCUCUGCAGCAGAAAGCAACUACAGUCCAAACCACUGCAGGGCAGCCUGGACUCCAUCCUCACAUUUAGCGACUACGACCAAGACACAGACCCUGAUGUACACCACACCCAGACUGACGGGCUGCAUGGUCUGAGGUCACGGCCACUUGUGAGAACCAGAGGCAGGAGACAGAACCCAGACUUCACCAGGCCCAGCCAGGACACACCAACUGUGGACACCUCCUCCACCCUGGACUCCCUGUCCUUGGAGGGUCGACACAGACCGAGGCGGCGCUCGGAGCCGGCUAUAGCGUAUGUGACCAAGUUUCAGCCAUGUGUUUCAGGGGGCGCUGAUGGUGAGGAUGGUGAGGAAGAGCUUUCCAGGAAGCCUGGCAGCCACACACUCCUUCACACACACUCCAGAGGUCAGGUCAAGAGAGGUGGAGGCGAGUCUGGGUUAAACCUGCGUGGUGAGAGGUCAGCAGCUCUGGAAGCCAGCUCCUCCAGCCUUUCCUCUACCCCCACCUCCCCUGCACCAACAUGCUCCUCCCUGGACUCCCUGGACUCCCCCAGCAGUGACCACACCAGGGCGAUCAGGCGGGGGCUUCACCCAACCAAGACACACCUGCCGUCUGGAUCACUUUCCACCUCUGUCCCAUCUACACCCUUCACCAUCACCUCUGCUCUGACUUCCAGUGGAUCUUCAGAGCUGGGGACUAGUCCAAAAGACUCCCCACCAAAAGAACCACUCAACUGGGGGACUUUAAAAGCCUGCAGGGGCCUCCACCCAAACUCAUGGCUGAGGAAAGACCGGAGACUGUCACUAACCCAACAAGACAACUUGGACAAAGAAGAAGAGGACAAGACUGGGGGAGGACCCACUGAAAAGCUGCUCACACUUGGGAAAGCUGGAGGAGGAGGAAAACUCAUCUCCAGCAGCCAACAAAAGCCCAAAGUGUCCAGAGCCACUAAAGAUUCAGGAGGAGGGGGCCACGCGAAGGGAAGGCCUGGCCACGAGCCCCAAAAGCCCCAGCGUCUUAAACAGGACUCAUCCAGCCCCCCCUCUCACCACCGCUCUACAGGGAGCCUCCAGCUGCCCAAAUCCUCCUGGGUUCAUUCCCCAGACUCCCCGCCAAAGGCCAGCCCGCCCAGCGACAGCCACGCCAGUCCUACAGCUGACGUCACCAACCAGAGGCGAGCAGCAGAGAGCGAGGCGAACGAGCUGAAGCAGCCGUCACCGUCUCUGUUUUACAAGCAGAGUGCACCAGCUCUGUCCCUGUUCAAACGACACAAGUCUCACUCUGUAGAGGAGGAGCGUAACACCAGGCUCUAUCAGCGCCGGGGGUCAGAGCCUGGACGGCAGCUCGUGGACCGAGCGUCCACCCUCACCCGGGCGAGGCUGCCCAGCGACCCGGGACUGAAGGUGUCCGAGGUGGAUUCAAAGGGAGAGACAGCGGAGGCCCGUUUCUGCCUCUCCCCCUACGCCACCAAAGCAGUGAGGGACUACUUCUCCUCACACCCACGCAGUAACCCCCAGAGCAGCCAGCAGGUGGCGCUCGCUCUGGUGGAGAGUCACAGGGAGUGGCUGAAGAGAUGCAGCGAUCCCUCAGCUGAGCCAGAUUUUGACCAACUUCUGUUUGCAGAGGAAUCCUACGUCUGAUCUGUACUGUAACCUGGAGCGACAUUAGAUCAGGUAAAAGCACAACACAAGUCACUCAACUGCCAUGUCAUAAUGACAAAAUGGACGCUAGAAAUACAAAUACAAUACAUCUCUGCUGUUUCAAACUAAAGAAUUUAAAUAUUGCAGCUUUGAAAAUGUUGAUGUUUCAUUACAAUCCAGAGUUAACAGGUACACAAACCCUGAGAGGCAAAUGAGAAAAAAAAUUCUGUUGAUUAAGUCUGAUCUAAAGUAUUUUUCCUCCUGUGUUUAAGGGUUAGGGUUAGGUUACUUAAAACUUAAGUGUUAAGUUAAUUUUGAAUGUCUCCAAGCACACUUUACACAAGCUGCAUAUAAUCUUACAUAACUUGCUAACACACAAAAUUUUACAAAAUCAUAUAUUACAAAAAAUCCUGGCAAAAACUUUUUCCACCUGUUCUUACAUCAUAAACAGAAGAAGCAACUAUUUAUUUCAGACUUACAAAUGGAUCACCAGAACUUUUUCCCACUUGCCCUCAGGGCUUCCAUAGUACACAGCAAUUAUACUCACUACCUUAAAAUAACUUUGGAUUGUGUCUUGAUAUUUGAAGUAGCACCUGAGUCUAUAACUAGUUUCACACAAGACUUGGUAAGUUUUUAAAAAUACAUUUCAAACAAACAAAUGAAGCUUAUUCCAUUGAAGGAAUGUGAUUUUUGCUUGAAUGUCCUCAAGGCUGGAUUUACACCUGCAGAAAGAAUCUGUGUAAAGAUGUUUAUCACAGUCUAAACAGAUGGAUUGAUUUGAUAUCAAACACGUUUUGUUUAAGGAACGUCACUUGUGUGUUUUUUUUAAUUAUAUCAGGCCAAAGUUUAAACCUGCCAAUUGAAAAACUACCUGCUGUUGCCUUCUUUAAUCACAAAGAAAGUAGCUGAAUUGGCCAUUAGCUAACUUAAGCAAAAAACAGGAUUUUUCCCAAGGUUUAACAAACACUAUCUCCUAUGAAGCAUGUUCAUACACAAUUCGUUUACAUAUUCUGUGGGACACAAAUUGGGAUGGUUAAGGCUUGUGCUCAGCGCUAACACUGAUUAUUAUGACUUUUACCAAAUAUGGUCAUCAUACAGCUUGUGAACAUUGGCAGUAACUUAAAAUGUUAUUGCAUAUGAACAUAACUAAUAGGAGGCAUUGUUGGGUAUAAUUAGAAUUUUUUCAGUCACUGUUAGUGUAAAUGCAGCCUGGGUACACACUGUGACCGUGCAUAGAACUGCUCUUUGCUUUCACUUUUUCAAAGUCAGUGCAUAUUUUGAGCGGCAUAACUAAAGCACAGCUUAUAUAAUAAGAAUCAGCAACACGUUCCGAAUUUACACAAGUUGACUUUUGUAGAUUAAGUUUGUGAGAUUAUUCACUAUUUACAAUUUUCAUAGACAUUCUUUAAAACUGCUUUUUGUGACGUCUGUGCUGCUUUUUGCCAACUGUAGUGUUAACUGAGGUCAACAGUUCAACAUUAUUAAUCUGACUUAUCUAGAUGCCACUGAUGAAGUUUGCUGCUGCGGUGAGUCUUUGCUCUUUAAACAUGUGGUCAUAAAUGCACAAUAUUUUUUAGGUAGGAUCUUUGUUUCCUAUCUGUUGCCAACAAUGUGGUUUUCACAAAGCCUGUAUUGAUUAGAACUGAUCACAUGCAUCUUGUCCCACUGUUUCUAUGAUGUAAAUAUGAUGGGUACAUCCAUGUUUUACAAGCUUUACAUUUUAUGCAGCUCAAAACUUUGUUUAAAUAGGCCAUGAGAUUGUUGCUUUCUUAUAUUGUCAAAGCCUCUUUACCAUGUACAUCUAUUCUUACACUGUACGUUAAUAAGCCCAAAACUCUGCUUUUGCAAAUAAAAAGAGCUACAAGCAAAAACCGGA